CCAGGGGAUCUUAUAUGUGACGGACUUGUAAACAUUUCAAGCGUGGGUACACCCUAUGGGUCCACCACUGCCAACAAGUAAAGCAACCUUGUGCUGUGGCGCUCACGUAUAGCUCUGCCAUACACGUAGUGGCAUGGGUUUAGGGAAAGUGAUAGCCUACUGAAAUAGCACAUAGAAGCUCUGAUUGCUGCUUUAUUCCACCUGGCUUUCGCUAAUGCUUACAUGUUAGCGAGUUCGCUCGUUAGACCAGUCUUUUAAUGGAGAUAUGAAAUUACUAUUUCUAGCUUGUCUCAGCCCCAAAACUGGAAACCACACCACAGCUGAGAGAAUAAGGUCUCACAUUGAAUCAGCAGGACACACUUGUGAGCUCAGAGAUGCAAGAGACUUUCAGUCUCCUGCUGAGGUGGCAAACCUAAUUUCUCUAAAUCCUCCAUUUGAGGGUGCACUGGCUAUUCAUCUGUUCAGAGCAGGCAGACUUCUCUUAGACAUCCCUGUACCCUUCGGCGUAAUCUUUGGCGGAACAGAUAUAAAUGAAGAUGUGAAAGUUGAGCAGAAGCGUGUGGUUAUGGAGCAGGUGCUACUGAAAGCCAGGUUUGCGGUUGCAUUUACUGACAAACUGAAAGAAGAGACAGAGUUAUUUUUGCUGUCCCAAAGCAGUAAAAUCUAUGUGCAGCCCCAAGGUGUUCAAACGGACGUGAGUGAGAAAUUCUGCUGGACUGAAUUCUUGAGGAGCUCAGGUGUAUGCAGGGAGCACGUGGAUGAGCUGCGUGUCUUCCUGUUGGUCUGUGGCCUCAGAAGAGUCAAGGAUCCCCUCUAUCUGGUCAAGGUUUUUUCAGAGUGGCAUUGUGAGAAUCCGCUGAACGUUUUGGUCAUUAUUGGGCCGAAGAUUGAUCCUGUAUUUACUGUUGAAGUGGAAACUGUUGUUAAAAGAACAGCAGGGGUCUUCUUGGCCCAGGAGAGGAGCCAACAGGAGCUCCACGCUGCCAUGAAAAGGUGCUUCUCCGUGGUGAACAGCUCGGUCUCAGAGGGCAUGUCUGCCGCCAUUUUGGAGGCCAUGGAUCUCGGGGUGCCUGUGUUGGCCAGGGACAUCCCAGGAAACGCGGCCCUAGUGCAGCAUGAGUUCACUGGCCUGCUGUACUCGUCUCCUCAGGAAUUUGUGCAUCAAUCUCAGAGGCUGUUGUCAAAUCAGGAGCUGAGAGAGAGAGUGGUGAGGAAUGGAAAACUCUACGUGGAAGAGCAUCACAGCCUGAAACAGGAGAGAGAAACCUACCAGCGGCUGGUGGACACUCUACUCUGAGCGUUAGGUCACAGCAUUCAACCGCACUCUGUAUAUUUUUUCAGGAACUGCAGGGCCAGACAGCAGGACAUUACACUGGUGUAUUUACCUUGCAUAGAUGCACAGAUGUCUUUAUUCCCAGACUUUUACGAAAUGAAGUUACAUAAAUAGCUAUAUAAAUUUUCCAUGUUUUAUCUUCACUGCCAGAUUGAAAUUUUGCUGCAGAGCACUUUGAACCAAAGACCUAGAGUAGAAACGGUUGUUUGUCUGGUUAAUGUAUUUUAUGUAUGUAUGAAAUAGAUGAUUUACUGUUAUUUAUGGUUUGGUAUGAAUAUAGAAACUGCAUGGGUUUUCUAUUUAUUCAUUCAUUCUAUUAAAUAAAGGUGGCAAGCAACUCCA